CACACGGCCCUAGCCUUUCAAGUUUUAUUUUAACAACUAGAAACCAGUUCCAGGCAGGUUUUAGCGUUCUAUAGGUGAUUACACCGACCGCAGCCUUAGUCCAUAUAGUGCAUCAUCAUGAACGGUGUUUCUAACGGUAAUGACCUCGAUGUCACCAACCUCAAACUACAAGAUGUCGCCAAAGUACAGCAAACAGGCACUUUCAAAGUCAAGGCGGGUCUGGCUCAGAUGGCAAAAGGCGGAAUAAUCAUGGAUGUUACAACAUCGCAAGAAGCCCGCAUUGCCGAGGAGGCAGGGGCAUGCGCAGUUAUGGCUUUAGAGAGAGUUCCCGCUGAUAUUCGUCGACAAGGAGGAGUUGCCCGGAUGACUGAUCCAAAGUUAAUCAAAGAAAUCAUUGCUGCUGUCACAAUUCCUGUAAUGGCCAAAGCGAGGAUAGGGCAUUUUGCGGAGGCCCAAAUUCUGGAAUCCCUCGGUGUCGACAUGAUCGAUGAAUCUGAAGUAUUAACGCCAGCAGAUGAAGAAAACCACAUUAACAAACAUGACUUCAAAGUCCCGUUCGUCUGUGGUGCACGAGAUUUGGGCGAGGCUUUACGAAGAAUUUCAGAGGGUGCCGCCAUGAUAAGAACAAAAGGAGAGGCCGGAACAGGCGACGUUUCACAAGCUGUAAAGCACGCACGGACAAUUGGUAAACAAAUCAAAAUUGCACAGGCAAUGGAUUCUACCGAAAUUUAUAACUACGCCAAAGAACUUCGAGUUCCGGUAGAGCUCCUCAAGAAAACAGCGGAACUUGGAAGACUUCCGGUCGUCAAUUUUGCCGCUGGAGGUCUAGCUACCCCUGCUGAUGUUUCAUUGCUGAUGCAGCUAGGAGUAGACGGAGUCUUUGUAGGAUCAGGAAUCUUCAAAAGUAGCAACCCACCAGAGCGCGCACAGGCCAUGGCGCAAGCCGUCACACAUUACAAAGAUCCCGCCAUCUUGUCGGAGAUCAGCUCAGGUCUGGGUGAGGCCAUGUUUGGAACGCCAGCUGCCGACAUCGAGCCCAAAAAACGAUUGGCAGGAGCUCCCGACGAGCGUCAACAAAUAUGGAAUGCAACUCUUGGUGUAAAAUGACCCCAUCACAAGAUAUUUUGAAGCCUUUGGAUAACAAUGACAAUAGAAUUUGUGUUAUGAAACUUGCGCCGAUAGUUAAGAUGGACACAAACC